AUGUCGCUGAGCGGUAUGAUGUCAAAUUUGUCCUCUCAGGAGUCUCCGCUUCCGUGGGGAGUUGAUUUAUCAGACAACUUCCCCCUCAAAUACACCAUCAGCAUCUUUCUUCUUCUUUUUUGUUCUCUAUGGGCGUUAUCAACGCAGAGGUCCAAGUCUAGGCUCAUUCCUGGCGUCUAUAUCGUUGGAGGACAGAGUGAGAUUAAAGCGACGUCGCAGAGAUUUCGAGACGAGUCUAAGACGCUCAUCCACGAUGGGUACAGCCAUACGGAUGGAAAGGAGCCCUUCUACGUUCCUUCGAACCUAGGCCCUCGCUUGAUCAUACCCACGCGCUAUAUGGAAGAGCUCAAAUCAGCUCCUAUUCAACAAGUUGACUUCAUAGGCACAGUUCAUGAGAUGUUCGAGUAUCAAUACACAGGCGUUGUUCAUCCUUCUCGCAUGGUUCCGAGCACUCUGGUCUCGCAUCUUACACCCCGCCUGCCCAGUAUUAUGCCCGAAGUGCAAGAUGAAAUGAAAAUUGCUAUUAGUGAAGAAUUUCCUCCCUGUGAUGACUGGACUGAGGUGAAUAUCAUGGAGGUUAUGACUCGGGUCAUUACGCGCGCAACUAGUCGCAUGGCUGGCGGCAAAACUCUAAGUCAAGACAGAGAAUGGAUUACGGCGGCUAUAAGUUACGCUGUCUGGGCUUUCACGGCAGCUCAAAAGAUCAAAAAAGUCCCGACGCCGCUGCGGCGCUUAGUUGGACCUCUUUUAUCGGAGGUUCGCAAAGAAAUUCCAUGGUCCUUUUCGGUGGCUGCCCGUGCGGCAGUCCCGCUACUCGAGCAUCGAAAAGAAACUGGCGAGCAAGCAAACGACUUUUUACAGUUUCUCAAGGAUACAGCCAAGGGUGAUGAAAAGGAAAACAAAUUCAUCUCGCAUCUCCUGGUCAUGGUGGCGUUUGCAUCAAUACAUACGAGUGUCGCCACAAUUGGCUCUUUGAUCUUUGAUCUAUGCCAGUAUCCCCAACUAGUAGAGAUGAUUCGGGGCGAAUACGAGGGCAUCGUAGACCAGAAUGGCAAUAUCCCUAAGGGUGGAUUUGCUAAGCUAGUCAAGAUGGACAGCAUAAUGAAAGAGAGCCAAAGACUCAACCCCAUCACGCUCUUGACCUUUGAGCGCAUUAUUCACCAAGAAAGAACCCUGAAAGACGGGUUCACAAUCCCAGCCGGCACUCAAAUAGGAGUUCCUAAUUACGAAAUCGCUAUGGACCCCCGAAUUUACCCGAACCCUGAAGAGUUUGACCCCUUACGUUUCGAGAAGUUGCGUCAAGAUCCAGCCUGGGCGAACAAGUCGCAGUUUGUCUCUAGCAACCCCGAUAGCAUGUCAUUCGGCUACGGCCGCCAUGCAUGUCCUGGGCGUCAGUUUAUGGAUCAAGAGUUCAAGUCUUUUCUAGUCAAACUCCUUAGCACAUUCGACCUAAAGUUCAAGGAUGGCCAAAGCCGAGUGCCAAAUUCUCCGCUCGAGUCGCAGUAUUUACUCCAUCAUGUGAGCAUUCUUCUAAAGCGGCGCAAGUUGUGA